AAUGAAUCCAGAGCCCUGAGCCGUGGGGCUGGCUGGCAGCUUCCCGAGCAGCCUCUCUCGCCGUUCCCAGUGGGGGCUGGGAGGGCAGCCCUUCACCACCGGUCCAGCCAGUAGCACCAAGUCCCAGCUCCUGCCAGGAACCAGUUGGGAACCAGUCCUGUGAGGAGGUGCUGCGGCUCCCCGGGCCCGGGGCUGCCUGGGGAGGCUAUAAAAGGCAGCUGGGGACUGGCUCCCGGCCGGAGGCUGCCGAGAUGUGGGGCGGCUCCUGCGGUGGCUGGAAGAGGAGGUUCAGCUGCUAUGGUCCCUGGGAGACUGCGGAGAGCUGCGUGGUUGGCACCUCUGCCAGCAUCUACCGCCGGCUGCGGGAGAGCCCAGAGCGGCCCCGCGGGGGGGCGGUGAGCGGCUGGGGACCCUCGGCAGGGCCAGCCCUCUCCUCCAGCAGCCCCCCGGCAAGCCGGCAGCUCCCCAGGUGCGAGUCGGAGGACUCCGGGGUGGAGAUGCCCAGCAACGAGCACUCGCCCCUCACCCCCCUGGGCUCCCGCAGCAGCUUCUCCCUCCCCCAGAGCCUCCCGGCCGGGGGGGAGCCUGGCGCAGAACCUUCCCGGCCGCACCACAGCCGCUCGGGCAGUAAGAGACUGCUGCAGGCGGCACAGCGGAGCAGGAGGCAGCGGGCACCGGGGCGAUGCCCGCGCCAGCCGGGCCGGCACGGCGCCAGCACAGCCAAACUGUGGGCACAGCUGGCACGGGAGUCCCGGCGGCAGGAGGAGCCCGAGGUGGAGCACCCUGACGGAGCGGCUGUGCCCGAGGCGACGGUGCCGGUGCCAGGGCAGGGGCUGCAGUACCUGGAACACGUCUGCCAGCUGCUGGAGCACCUGGCGCGGCUGCAGCAGGACAACCUGCUCCUGAGGCAGCAGGUGGCACAGGCUGGGCACAGCCACCCCGACACCACGCACCCCCAGCCCCCCCAGGACGCGGUGUGGAGGGGGGAGCGCUUCCGGCCACGCUCCUGCUCCGACAGCCAGGCUCCAGCCCCUGACCCUGGGCCGUGCAGGAGGACCUGGGGGCACUCUGCCAGCUCCCCCAACCUGCUGGAUCCCUGCGAGAGUGGGGGGAGCCCCCCAGCAGCAGACAAGGACGGGCGCUGGGGCAGGGUGAAGCUGCUGCUCACUCGCCUGGCUCGCCGCUCCCUCCGGGGGGGGCGCUGCAGGUAGGGGGCUUGGAGGGGCGGCCCGGACCCCUCCUCCUCCC